AGCCUGCGUCGUCCAGUGGUUGUCUCUCUUAGACCGACUCACAACGAUGGCUGCUGCUGCCCCUCCCGCAGAUGACGGCCGCAGCGUGUACGUGGGGGGCAUGCCGCGGCAUGCGGAAUGGCAAGAGCUGAAGGACCAUAUGAGGUCUGCGGGGGAGAUUGAGUUCUGCGAUGUGCUCUACAGCGACUGGGGCGAGCCCAGGGGCGUGGGCUUCGUGCGCUUCAAGACGGAGGCGGAGGCCCAGCAGGCCAUCGCCACGCUGAACGAGACCACCAUGGAUGGACGGACUGUGAAGGUGGCGCCUUGGACGGGCAGGCAGCCAAACUUCAACAGCCCCGGCAAGAUGAUGUACCAGAUGUGGGCCUGGUACGGGGGCGCCAAGAAGAAGCCUCGAGACAUGGACCCUGAGAAGUCCAAGCUGGUGGAGAGGAUAAAGACUUACCAGAAGGGUGACGCGACCCAGAAAGAGACAUGGUACUCUUUCUGCGGCGAGGUCAAGGACCCGGCGCGCCACGAGACGGCGAAGCUGCAGGAGUUUGUGACCACUUACAGCGUGCCAUAAGCUGCCGCGUGUCACCCGCUCACCUCGCUCCGAGCCUCGCCCCUCGUGUCACCCCUCCGCCA